AAUAGCCACCCGCGGGCUCGAAUUUCGGCGGCGGGCCUGCCUGCGCGGCAUACGGAAUUUCGUGUUCGCGCCCGCACCCUGCAGCCCCUUCUUCAGUUCUUCCUCUCCCUUCUUCCCCCUUCUCCGUUGCUUCGCGCGAUGGUGUCGCGUGGUGCUGUGCGUCCCCAAGCAAGUCGAUUGAGGGAGCAAGAGAUGAGCAUAGACGAAUGUGUCAGCUCGUUGAGGAAUAGGAUUCGGCGGCUUCAUCCAUUUAACGCAGACGGGAUCGUUUCGUACAUGAUCUCGAGCAAAACUCCUGUGGAGAUAAAACAGUAUCUACUCGCCUCGGAAGACCAAUUACAGCGCCUGAUCGUUGAGGCGAAGUAUCUAUUCCCAAUGUUACCCCCACCACAGCCACCUUGUGGAGGGACUUACAUACCAUACAUCCAUUGGCAGCCUCAAUUUCACCCAAUCGGCAGUUAUCAUGGAAUUCAGCCUCCACUUCAUCCCAUUGAUCAGGUUGGACCAUUGCAGCAGCAUCAGUAUCAUCCAAGCGGCAGUUCUCAUGGAAUUCAGGCUCAGAAUCCGUCCAUUGGUCCAACUGGAGCUUGUCAGAGCCCAUUUCCAGGAUUCAUUGGCUUGGGGGAGCAUUUCCAGUCGUUUUGCAUUCCAGGUGAUGGCUUACCAAGUAAUUAUGGAAAUGCUUGUCAAGUCACUGGAUAUCCUCCGAGCAGCUCCAAGGAGCAAAUCAAGCCUUGUCAUUUUCUCUUCUCCACGGGUUCAUAUAAGAAAGGUGAGAAGUGUCUGUUCUCCCACGGGUCCGAUUCCCCCAAGAUGAAUAACAUGAGGCAAGUUCAGACUCCUGAGUCAUUGCCCAUGUUGGAGAAGGAGAUCAGUGAGCUCCUGCUUUCUCUGCGACCACCAAAAGUCCCAGUUGAGUCUUUGGUCAAUAUCUACAUUAAGAGGUAUGGAAAGCCUCUGAAGAUUGGGGGUUCCUGCACGAAGGGCCAGCAGAAUGAUCACAGCCUCACCUGUCUGCUCACGAAGCUUUGCACCACCAGAGUUAUUGAGAGACGGGGACAUUGUUAUAUUGUCCCGGUGGAAGAGGCCCCUAAGUACUUGGAUGAUGGUUUCAAAUUGGUGAUGUAUCCUGCUGGUGCUGGGAACGGUAGCGACCAGAUUUAUAUUACCUUUGAGCCUAAAAGCACAUUCACUAAAGAAGAUGUUUGGAACUACUUCAGCCAGUAUGGCCCUGUCAGUGACGUUCGAAUUCCAUUCCGGAAGAAACGCAUGUUUGGUUACGUGAGCUUCCUGUACCCUGGAACUGCAAAACGGGUCUUAUCAGAAAGGAGUCCCAUGAACCCUCAUUUCAUAGGCGGAGAUCAAGUUUUUGUCAAAUCCUGGAAGGAAAAGCAUGAACUAAAAAAGUUGGUUGAGAAAGACGCCCAUUCCAACUCUGGUGCACACAACGCGUCAGGUCUCAGUGUUAUUCAUGAGCGCCAUACAGGGGUUGACAAUACGGGAGAAUCUUCACAUGUACAAAGUCAUUUGGAUGAGGCACCGGCAGCUCAAGAUAGUGAUGACCUGGGACUUCCAGGGACCCUUGAUGACGUUUACUAGCGAGAGGAAGCGUCUCUGCGACUGUGCCGCGAGCCACCCGACCAGCAGGCUGUGAAUUGCCACACGAUCAGAGGCGCUAAGCGCUUCUCUGAUCGGUGAAUUGAAACUGUACCUUAGCAUAGCUACAUGCACUUCAGAUGUACUCCAGCUCAUUAUGCAGUUGAUGGCAUGAUGAUACAUCCAGGCGUAGUUGCGGUAGUAGGAUCUGACACAGUGGUUCUUUCUACAUUCCUAACGCAGAAAUGCUCAGCGUCUCUGAUCAAAACGCAGAGAUGCAAA